GGUAAACGGAGCUGCUGGAAAGUCCUCGGAUUCGUUUUAUCGAGGGGUGGGGUGGGGUGGAUGGGGUUGGCGGGGAUAGUGAGGCUCGUGACGUGACGGCGGCGGCAGGAUAUCGGCCAAGAGCCGAGCCCGAAGAGCAGCUCCUCGGUCUUCGUUUUGACGCGCACGAGCAGCUCGCGAUCACGCGGAUCUCCUCGUAGCCGGGACGAGGCGGUGGCGCCUCUGUCGACCGGUGCUCGCACUUGCAUCUCGGAGUCGAGUCCGUGCAUGAGCGAUCGGAGACUCAGGCGCACUUGGUAUGAUAUGCAGCAGGAGUCGCGAGUGAUUCAUGUGAUGCUUCCUGCUGUUGUCGACCCUGUUGAUUAGAAUCAUGGUUGACCGACUUGUAAACAGCGAGGCUAAUGCCAGGCGGAUUACUAUGGUGGAGAGCUGCUUUGGCAGUUCUGGUCAGCCCCUGGCUGUUUCUGGAAGAGUGCUCGUCGGCGAAGGUGUUUUGACAAAAAUGUGCAGGAAGAAAUCCAAACCACGACAAUUUUUUCUUUUUAACGACAUAUUGGUUUAUGGAAAUAUAGUAAUAAGCAAGAAAAAGUACAAUAAGCAGCGUAUAAUCCCAUUGGAACAAGUCAAACUCGAAUCGUUGGCCGACGAUGGACAAUAUAAAAAUGGAUGGCUAAUAAAAACAGUGACCAAAUCGUUUGCGGUUUAUGCUGCUACUGCGACCGAAAAGCAGGACUGGAUGGCACACAUCACAACAUGCAUCGAAGAUCUCGAAGAUCUAUUGAGAAAAAGUGGUAAGAAGCCCGUGGAGGUUCAUGCAGCUGUGUGGGUUCCGGAUAACGAAGCGACAAUCUGUAUGCAUUGCAAUAAAACACAAUUUACAGUGAUUAAUCGAAGGCAUCACUGUAGACAAUGCGGAGCGGUGGUAUGCGGGCCUUGCAGUAAUAAAAAAAUGGUAUUACCUGGCCAAGGUAACGGUAAAGCGGUAAGGGUUUGUUUACAAUGCUUUGAUACCGCGAGUAAAGUAAAAGCAACGAGACCAUUAACGGACGAUAUCAAAGAACAACGCAAUUCGGCCGACAGUUCUGGUGGUGAUAGUUCAGGCGACGACGACGAAACUGCCAAUAAAGAAGAAAACCACGACGAGCCAAAAUUUUAUUCGAGUCUGGCUCGAUGAAUGCAGAUAAAGGAAUAAAAUGUUUAAUAAAAAUAUUCUUGACAAUCACUGCAGAACAUGAAAUUUUCUUAAAAGAUCCUAAUUAAUAAUGAGACGAUUGUAGCUAUUGCGAGAAGUCGUCGACUGAUAUUUUAAUAUGUACGUACAAGAGUUGUUUAUUUCAAGUGACUGUGUUCGUAUGGAUGUCACUAACGUAUACCGUCGAACGUCGGCUAUGCAAAAGAUAAGAAGUAAAUUUAUAAUAAGUUGAAAGAAUGAAAAAAGACAAUGCUUCGUACCUAUUUUUAAGAUUGCCACUUUGUGCCUUUCUACACUAGAUGGCUUUAUAUAAAUAUUGAUUUAAUACCAGCAAUUUUCUAUUCUCACGAAUAGAAAU